GGGGUUAUGGGUAAUGGUGUUCUUUCUGUUGACGGUGGGAGGAGGGAGAUUCCAGACUGUGUAUGUGUGUGUACGCGAGUCAGUAUGUAGAUGUGAUGAUUGUGUGGCAGUUGGACUUUCCAUUCCAGGGAAACAACAAGAACUUUUUUGCAACAUCAAGCGAGAAGAAAGGAGACAAGAAGGCAGUUUGUGAGGUGUUGGAAAAUGCGAGAAGGACUCCAGGAAGAGACAGCAUGCCUAUUAAAUAUUGAGCGCGGGAGAGCAGACAUUGUUAUCGUGUCUCCUUCGCGACACUUGUGGCACCGCCGAGUAUAAACUCCCAGGCGAACGGACGUGUAACUUUCUUGAAUGGGUUGAAUUGAAGCGUUUUGUCUUCGAAACGCGAGUCUGAGGCAUUUCCAGACGUUCAAAAAAGGAAAGGGGAGGCGAAGGGGCUUCAAGAAAACGCCCUGUUGCCGUUUGCCUGUUAUCUCCAACUCAAACUUUAUCUUCGACUUGGGAAAAAAAUGCUGGAGGUGAGACGUUAUGUGGAAGGCUAUCUUUGUUGGCUGAACGGCUAAGUGCCUUCUUUCUACAAGUUUGGGGAACACGCUUUGCUUUGGGAAUAUUUGAUUUCAUUGUUGCACACAAUUCCCGUCGGAGGCUAUCUGGGUGGGCUGGGAGCUCCAAGGCUGCUCCUUUAGGCCCCACGAAUAACCAAGUUUCACAUGUAAACCCAUACAAUCAGUGGAAAAAAACCCCACCAUUCUUCAUAUUAUAGUACCAGUGACAUUACAGACAUGUCUCAGGGCGCCGAGAGGAGGAUGGAAACCCGACUGAAGAAGUUGGAGGACAUGAUGAGAAACCCCAGGUCUGCCUUAAACCUGGAAAGUUUGCUGGACUCCAUAAAUGCUCUAGUCUUAGAUUUGGACUACCCUGCACUACGCAAGAAUAAAAAUAUUGAAACCUUCUUAAAUAGAUAUGAGGCCGUCAUAAGUCAAGUUCGAGAGCUCCAGAUGAAGUCAGAUGACUUCGACAGAGUUAAAGUUAUUGGUCGAGGAGCUUUUGGUGAGGUUCAACUGGUCAGGCAUAAAGCCUCCCAGAAAGUCUACGCCAUGAAGCUUCUUAGCAAGUUUGAGAUGAUCAAACGCUCAGACUCUGCCUUCUUCUGGGAAGAAAGGGACAUCAUGGCCUUUGCCAACAGUUCAUGGGUGGUGCAGUUGUGCUGCGCCUUCCAAGAUGAGCACUACCUCUACAUGGUGAUGGAGUACAUGCCCGGAGGGGACCUGGUCAACCUCACCAGUACCUAUGAUGUGCCAGAGAAAUGGGCCAAGUUUUACACGGCGGAGGUGGUGAUGGCACUGGAUGCUAUUCACUCGAUGGGCUUCAUCCACCGCGAUGUCAAGCCAGACAACAUGCUGCUGGACAGACACGGACACCUGAAGCUUGCAGACUUCGGCACCUGCAUGAAGAUGGAUUCUACUGGUAUGGUGCACUGUGACACAGCAGUUGGAACUCCUGACUACAUCUCUCCUGAAGUAUUGAAAUCCCAGGGAGGUGAUGGGUGUUAUGGCAGAGAGUGUGACUGGUGGUCUGUUGGGGUCUUCAUCUUUGAAAUGCUUGUUGGUGACACGCCUUUUUAUGCUGACUCUCUGGUGGGAACCUACAGUAAGAUCAUGGACCAUAAAAACUCCCUCAACUUCCCUGAUGAUGUGGAGAUAUCUAAAGAUGCCAAGAAUAUAAUCUGUGCCUUUUUGACUGACAGGGAGGUGCGAUUGGGCCGGAAUGGUGUGGAUGAGAUCAAGCGGCACCCAUUUUUUAGGAAUGACCAGUGGACCUUUGACACCAUCAGAGGCACGGUUGCACCUGUGGUCCCUGAACUAAGCAGUGACAUAGACACCAGUAAUUUUGAUGAGAUUGAAGAUGACAAGGGUGAUGUGGAGACGUUCCCAACACCCAAGGCUUUUGUUGGAAAUCAGCUUCCCUUUGUUGGCUUCACCUACUUCAAAGAAGACCAGUUACUAAAUUCUUCCAACAACUCCUCAGUUAUUAAUGAUAAUUCAAAGGUAGAGACAGCAUCAUCGUCUACAGCGCUCCAGAAAAAGCUUCAUCAUUUUGAGGUACAACUGAAUAAUGAGAAGCAAGCCAAAGAUGAUCUAGAGCACAAAUUCAGAGCUGCCACAAGUCGUAUGGACAAAAUCUCCAAAGAACUUGAAGAAGAGGUGACCAGCAGGAAGAAUUUGGAGUCAAAUUUGAGGCAGCUAGAAAGGGAAAAGGCCCUUCUGCAGCACAAGAGCCUGGAGAGCCAUCGCAAAGCUGAGAGCGAAGCUGACAGGAAACGCUGUCUGGAAAAUGAAGUCAACAACCUCCGUGACCAGCUUGAUGACUUAAAAAGAAGAAAUCAGAAUUCACACAUUUCCAAUGAGAAGAAUAUUCAUCUGCAGAAACAGCUGGAAGAAGCCAACACAUUUCUACGGGCUGAAUCUGAGUCUGCGACGAGGCUGCGUAAAGCUCAGACAGAAAACAGCAAACAGCUGCAGCAGCUGGAGAUCAACGUGCGCGAGCUGCAGGACAAAUGCUGUCUGCUGGAACGCAGCAAGUUAAGCCUGGAGAAGGAAUGCAUCAGCCUACAGGCCGCCUUGGAGACAGAACGUAGGGAGCACAGCCAGGGGUCAGAGACCAUCAGUGACUUGAUGGGGCGUAUUUCUGGCCUGGAGGAGGAGGCACAUCAACAGAGACGAGCUCUUUCCAAAGUGGAGACAGAGAAGAGGCAUCUUCAGGAGAAACUAACUGACCUGGAGAAGGAAAAGAGCAACAAGGAGAUUGAUUUGACUUACAAGCUGAAGGUGCUGCAGCAGGAGCUGGAUCAGGAGGAGAGCUCUCAUAAAGCCACCAGGGCAUUGCUGGCUGACAAGAGCAAGAUAAAAGUAACCAUUGAGGGUGCCAAAUCAGAGUCCAUGAAGGACAUGGAACAGAAGCUGGCAGAGGAACGAGCAGCCAAACUGCGACUGGAGAACAGAAUACUGGAACUGGAGAAGCACAGCAGUAUGAUGGACUGUGACUAUAAACAAGCUCUUCAAAAGCUGGAUGAACUGCGCAGACACAAAGACCACCUCACAGAGGAGGUAAAGAAUCUGACGCUGAAGAUUGAGCAAGAAACACAGAAACGUAACUUGACUCAGAAUGACUUGAAGGCCCAGAACCAACAACUCAACUCUCUGCGAUCAUCAGAAAAGCAGCUCAAGCAAGAAACAAAUCAUCUACUGGACAUUAAACGCAGCUUGGAAAAACAGAACCACGAGCUACGCAAAGAAAGACAAGACACAGACGGCCAAAUGAAGGAGUUACAAGACCAAUUAGAAGCUGAGCAGUAUUUUUCUACGUUGUACAAGACCCAGGUUCGUGAACUAAAAGAGGAAUGUGAGGAGAGGAACAAGCUCUUCAAAGAAAUGCAACAAUCACUACAGGAACUACAGGAGGAAAGAGAUUCUCUGGCAGCCCAGCUGGAAAUCACACUGACGAAAGCUGACUCAGAGCAGCUGGCACGCUCUAUUGCUGAGGAACAGUACUCUGACCUGGAGAAGGAAAAAAUCAUGAAGGAACUGGAGCUGAAGGAGAUGAUGGCUCGCCAUCGUCAGGAAUUGUCAGAGAAAGACAUCACCAUCAGUUCGUUGGAAGAAGCCAAUAGGACCUUGACGAGUGAUGUCGCCAAUCUGGCCAAUGAGAAGGAGGAGCUUAACAAUAAAAUGAAGGACGCUCUUGAAGAAACAGAGAAGUCAAAUGAUUGGGAGCAGCAGAUCAGCCAGAUGAAGAACACAUUCGAGAAGCAGUUGCAGUCUGAGCGGACGCUGAAGACACAGGCCGUCAACAAGCUGGCAGAAAUUAUGAACAGGAAGGAGGUACGUGGUGGAAGUAGUCGCCGUGGCAAUGACACUGACAUGCGGCGAAAGGAGAAGGAGAACAGAAAGCUCCAACUGGAACUGAGAUCGGAAAAGGAAAAGCUCAACAGCACCAUCAUCAAAUAUCAGCGAGAGAUCAACGAAAUGCAAGCGCAACUGGCAGAUGAGAGUCAAAUGCGAAUUGAGCUGCAGAUGGCUCUGGACAGUAAAGACAGCGACAUCGAACAGUUGAGAAAUCUCCUGCAAUCACUUAGUGUGCAGUCAAUGGACUCUGCCAGCAUCAGUAGUGGACCAGAGUUCGAGGCCGAUGAUGCGUUUACAGAAACAAGGCUUGAAGGAUGGUUGUCCCUCCCAGUACGAAACAACACUAAGAAGUUUGGAUGGGAGAAAAAGUAUGUCGUUGUGAGCAGCAAGAAGAUUCUCUUCUACAAGAGCGAACAAGACAAAGAGCAGUCCAUUCCUUAUAUGGUACUUGAUAUAGACAAACUUUUUCACGUGAGACCUGUCACUCAAACGGAUGUCUACCGUGCUGAUGCCAAAGAAAUUCCAAGAAUAUUCCAGAUUCUUUAUGCCAACGAAGGUGAGAGUAAAAAAGAGCCAGAGUUUCCUGUGGAUCCUCUACCAAUCGGAGAAAAAUCCAGCUACAUCUGUCACAAAGGCCACGAGUUCAUCCCCACACUGUACCACUUCCCUACCAACUGUGAGGCAUGCACCAAACCGCUAUGGAAUAUGUUCAAGCCCCCACCGGCCCUAGAAUGUCGGCGUUGUCACAUCAAGUGCCAUAAGGACCAUAUGGACAAAAAAGAAGACAUCAUUGCUCCGUGCAAAGUGAACUAUGAUGUGUCCACGGCCAAGAACCUGCUGUUGCUGGCCAUAUCCCAGGAAGAGCAGAAGAAGUGGGUGAGCCGCCUGGUCAAGAAGAUCCCCAAAAAGCCACCACCUCCUGAGAACUUUGCACGCUCCUCACCACGAGCUUCCAUGAAAGUCCAGCCCAGUCAGUCCAUGCGGAGGCCCAGUCGACAGCUCCCCACCAGCAAGAGCAGGUCAAAUGGUCUUAAAUUGAUGCGCCAAGACUCCAGCAGUGGACUCUGUUACAACUAACCUCGUGCUGAAGGAUUUGUGGUCCAUCUGGAGGAGGUUUCCUCUUAAACUGAAGACUGUAUACCAAGCUCUUUUGGCCGAUAAGCACACUGAUCUCCACUUCUUCACGACUUCUUCCUCCUGCUUCAGACCACGACUUCCAUCAGCCCAUCUCCAUUCUGUUCAAGCUCGUACGACUGCAAUGGAAAAACUGCAAUCCAUUUAUUGCAGCCAGCGUUGGGGCGCACCCACAAAACAGUGAAGCAUCUACACAUACCUCAACUCUUAAUUGAAGGGCCCAAUACCAAAAUGAUGUCAUCUCAUGUUUUCUCUAUUAGGAAGUAAAAAUAGAAUUACUUUAUCACAUGAAGUGAAAAAAAACACACAAAAUCCUGUAUAAUUUCUUGGUUUAUUCAUUAAUUAUGCUGCUUAUUCAGAUACCAACAUACCUGUUGAAUCGGUCACAAAUGACCAGAAUUUUCUUCCCGGAUCCUGUUAAUCAUACCAACGUGCUCUGUCACCUCGGAGUUAUAUUGUUUACUGAAUUUAAGGGGUGCACCCUUAAUGCUUUCCUAAUCCAAACUCCGCCCCUGUUGUUGUUUGAAUGUAAAAUCUGGGAUGUACCAGAGACAAGACACAAGCAUUGUAUUCCUUCAAUCCAAAUAUACUUGACUGAAGCCCUCUUCUUAACACAAAUGACUGAAAGAUCUUGCAUGUCAAUUUUUUUUUUUUUUUUUUUUAUCACGCACUUAAACAUUGUGGACCCAUGAAGACGUGUAGUUUUGUGUCAUUCUUGACUAUGAAAAGAAGGGAAAUGUACCAAUAAGCGGAGUCAAUAAGGGUUUGUAAUCAUAAUCCGAUGAACGUACUGAGUGGCACUAUUCCAUUUGAAAGUUUUUCUUUAUAAAGUCUUUGUUGUAAUAUUUUUGUAUUAAAAGUAACCAGACGCUAGAGUUUGGCCACAUUGUUUGUGUAUGUGACUUUUAUAGUAGCUGGAGAGACACUAAGUGUUUUGUGUGUGUAUACCAAGUGCUCUCCUUUAACUUAGAAGCAUGUUUUAUACAUAGAAAAUAUACACAGUAUAUAUUUUACAUGCCAUACAGUGCACAUAUUAUUUAUACAGCUGUGUCCACUUUAUGUUUAAGGGCUUUACAUCCAGAUUGCAUGUUGGCUACCAAACAGUUCUCUAUAAUAACCACUUCAACAAUAAAGAUGUGGAUGUGC